CUCCCCUUUGUCCCCUCACUUCCAGACCGCCGGAGCCUCUUUCAACCAUGAAGAUUGACGAAAUCGACUGCUGGAUUGAGGCGGAGGGAGAGGCGCUCGACGAAUACGGAGCCGAACCGUCCGAAGAGAACAAGACCUGUGUGGCAUGGGUUCCUUCGCAAGUUGGCCAGGUGUGGUACUCUCAGCAUAGCCCCCGUCUUCAUCUGUUGAGGGCAUGUAGAAGAUAGCCAUCCGCUGGCGCGACCCAGCGCGGACG